ACGAUAUUGGGGUCGUGCGUCCUGAUGGGAUUGAUACUGUACAUCUCGUUGGAUUUAGGGUCGACGACGUUCGUGAAUAACGCGUGGCAAAAGGUGGUGAACGCGACGGCGAAGAGCGGGUUCACGGCGGCGUUCGCGCUCAUCUUCGUGAGCGAGCUCGGGGACAAGACUUUUUUCAUCGCGGCGUUGCUAGCGAUGCGCUUAGGAAGGUUGCGAGUGUUGGUAGGGGCGACGAGCGCGUUGGCGGCGAUGACGGUGAUAUCGGUGGCGAUCGGGAGGGCUUUUCAGCGAUUACCGAGCUCGUUGAUGACGACGCUGCCGGUGGGAGAGUACGCCGCGGUGGCGAUGCUCUUGUUUUUUGGGAUAAAGACGUUGAGAGACGCGCUGAGCAUGGAUCCGAGCGGGGCGACGCCCGAGGACCACGGAGAGUUAGCAGAAGCCACAGAGGUGGUGUGUAAGUCUACGAGCGCGCAAAAGCGCUCGCCAGGCUUGGCGGCUUUGAUCGAGACUUUUUCGUUGAUUUUCAUCGCCGAGUGGGGCGACAGGAGCAUGCUCGCCACCGUCGCGCUCGGCGCGGCACAAAAUCCCGUCGGCGUCGCUUUCGGCGCGUCGCUCGGACAUUUUAUCGCCACCUCGAUCGCCGUCGUCGGCGGAUCGUUACUAUCGAAGAGAAUCAGUGAACGCACAGUC